AAAAAGAAUAAAUAAAAAUUCUUCGAUUAAAAGCAAAAGCUUAAAGCAAAUCCCUCGUCGAUGGUUCGUGUCGGAAGUUAAGAUAGCUGCAUAACGAGGAGAACUGGUCAGCAGGGCCUGUUGACGGCGUACAAGAUGCACACCCUCCAGCCCACCAGAUGAACAUAUUCUUUUUGACCCUGAGGAAUGGCAUGCUGAAGACGAGGGACCGUCGUCAAAUGUUGUGCAAUGCAAUGUAAUACAGUUCCAAUGAAAGUCGCUACAGCCAAAAGAAAAAAGAAAGCAGGGCUUCUGCCGAACAGUCUUGUAUGUACAAGAAAGGUUUGACCGCCAGAUUAAAUCAUUCCUGAUGCAGGAUGAGGAACCUCUCAAACCCCAUGGCGAGCUGAAUGGAGACAGCCCGCCUGGCUGAAUUGAUCAGAGAUGCAACGGCUUCUCAGGACGUUGGUGAGUCAGCUCUGCGAACGGGGCGUAAACACAUUCCAACCCGGAACGCCGCCCCAGGACGCUUUCGGCUGGUUCGCCAAAGUCCGACGUCUGACCCUGCUACUACCCCGUAUUGCUUCCCAAGUAUGGAGUAUGGGGUUUAAUAUUUUCGAAAGAAUAUGGAGCAGCUUCACAUCCUCCAGAACCCGAGGAGGUCACUUUAAAAAAAGACAAUGUCAAAGUGUGGAGAAAACGCGCGCACCGGUGGCGAGAUCUGUCCGGCGCUGUGUGGUCCGGGAAUAUGAAACAUGCUUUGCUGUCCUUUCAGUCCGGAGUAUGGGCAACGAAGAACACCAGGACGACCCUUGAUAUUGAUCUAGAAGGCAAAAGGCUUGCAUGACCCAUGUGUGUUUUGAGACUUGGCCAGCGAGCACACAGCCAAUGAGGCCGGCGCAGGUUGUGCUAACAGGAAAUACCGACGCUCGUGUUGGGUGGACUGCGUCCCCUUCGCAAGUUUCCGCAACAGUUGGCAGCACGUCCUCGCUACAAAUUAUGCAUACUAAUGCACCGAAAGGGAUUGGUCGCUUGGCUUCGAAAAAGGUGGGAGGGAAAAUCCCAUCGAAGGUCCGCUGCUAACUCCGCAAAUCUUGAUUUUCGGCCUCUCCCCUGGAAAGUAAAAUAGCAAAAACAGGUUCAUUUGCCUGUAAAAAAAGGUGAUAGCCAGACAAGCUGAGGGCUCUCCUCGACACCCCCCCCCGCGGGCCCAUCUGGAGCUGGAGGAGAAGAGAGGGGGGGGAGGAUGAAAUGAUCUGCCGCUCUCAGGCUCAAUCAG